GCUCACAGAACUCUUGCAGAGCCGGUUGGAGAAGUUCUAUGGACUUUGCCCAAAGAUCCUCAUAUCACAUGGUAGCGAUAGUGCUUUGGCGGGCUUCGACAAGAAUGAAGCCAUUUCGAAGUUGAGUCCCGCAUCACUAGCAAUGUCAAAGCUGUUUGAGUCGUCAGCGCCACCAACCAAGACAUCCUUGGCAGACUAUGAGAAAAAGCUGACUUCAAACGAGCAAAGUGUGAAGAAGGUACUCACUCAAUUGGAGAAGUCCAUUGAUGUUCUUGAGGCAGCCAAAGAACAGGAGCUCGCCCACAAAAAAAGGCUUGCUGAACUUCAACGAAAGAGAAAGACUUCUAACAUCGAGGCACUUGGUGCUGCCAGACAGAAGGGCAUGGAGGCUGCAGAGAAGGAAGCAGGCAACGAUCGUGAUUCUGAGUCAGACUUGCCAGACGAUGACCAUGACUCACCAUCUGGACCUGCUGAGGAUCCUCCAGGCCCAAAACAGGCAGAGGCAACUCCUCAUGAGAAUUCUUCAGUCCAAGAACAAGACCAAGACUCACAGGCGCCCAAGCUCUAUCUUUUGGCGGAUGCGAAGAAGCUUCUCAUUCCACACACUUGUCAAGGAUGGAGCUUCCUCAAUUCUAAGAAGUCCACACACCUGCGUUUUGAGCCCAAUGAUUUGGCCAUCAACACAGAGACACUGGACGCAUUUCUGACUGGAGCAUCAGAUUUGGUCGCUGAUGCCUGCAAGACACAACGUCUGACAACCUAUUUGAAGGAGACGGCUUAUCCACAGGGACUGAGGGUAUGUGCUGCAGACUUGGUGCAGGGAUUGAACAU